ACAAGUUGACACUUGACAGUGUUGUGUUUCGUAAACAUGAAAAUAAAUCAACUAAUACUUUAAUAAUGGAUACAAAACCAGAAAAAGUACCUCCAAGGCAAAAAAAUAAAUCUGUUUCUCGUGAAGAACUAUUAAAUUUGGAUAAAGAUGAUUUAGUGGACAGGAUAUUGCGUUUAGAGGCACAUAAUACACAACUAAAGUGUAUUAUAAGCAAGAAUUUGAAUAUUGCAGAGAUCGGUGGCGUUAAUAAGAAUAAAAAGCCUUUCAACUUUGCGAACUGCCAUUUCCGCCGGGUCUUACUCCACGUGAUGUACUUCGGUUGGGACUAUCAGGGUUUUGUGGUGCAAGAGGAUUCUAUACAGACUAUAGAGCACCAUCUUUUUCACGCCCUGACCAAGGCAUGCUUAAUAGAGAGUAGAGAGACCUCUCAGUACCAUCGCUGUGGACGUACGGAUAAAGGUGUUAGUGCUUUUGGGCAGGUAAUAUCAUUAUCCUUGCGCAGUAAACAUCCUGUAGAGAAGCAGGAUUUGCCAGAAUCAAUAACAACAGAGAUGCAGUACAGUAAGAUUCUAAACAGGUUGCUGCCUAAGGACAUUAGGGUGGUUGCCUGGAUGCCUAUACCAAAAGAAUUGCCUGAGUAUAGUGCUAGGUUCGACUGCAUCAAACGAACAUAUAAAUUCUAUUUCCCCCGUUCGUCCCUCGACUUAGACGCCAUGCGCCGUGCGUGCGCGCACCUUAUUGGCUCACACGAUUUCCGCCACCUUUGUAAAAUGGACGUCGGUAAUGGCGUAUUGACGUUUACAAGGCACGUGUUGAGUGCUGAUAUUGUAGCUGUGGUUGAGAGAGAUACGGAUUUAGCAACAUCUAUGUACUCCCUGGUGAUAGAAGGCAACGCAUUCCUCUGGCAUCAGAUUCGAUGUAUAAUGGGUGUGCUGUUACUGGUGGGGCAAGGGAAAGAGUCCCCUGACAUUAUUAGCGAACUGCUGGAUGUUGAAAAACUAUCUAGAAAACCUCAAUACCACAUGGCGUCAGAUGUUCCGCUAAAUCUUUUCCAUUGUUCCUAUGAUUUAGAGGACACAAAUAAAUGGAUAUAUGACAAAGAUGACUUCAAAACUGUUAUAUCACAUUUACGGGAAUGGACUAUGUUCAAUGUCAAAUCAACCAUGUUAAACGAUGCUUUACAACAAUUAGAAGCUAAGUAUGCGGAGGUAAUGAGUGAGACACAAAAUGCCGACAGCGGCGAGAGUGAAAGAAACAAAGUUAUGGCACAUACAGACUGUCUUACACAGGGUGUACGGUCAAAAGUCUACACUCCAUUAUUGAAAAGGGAAACAUGCUCGAGUUUACAAGAAAGAAUUGAACAUUACAAGAAGAAAAGAAAAAUUGAUAGCUCUCAGAAAUUAUUGUAAAUAAAAUAUUUGUUUCUAUACCGACGCUUUUUUAAUUAUCCAGUUGGUACUUAUUUUUAUAUUGUGUAAAAUAAAAACUAUUAAAUCUA